GAUGCGUCAGAAGCAACUCUGCCAGUCCACAUCACACAUACACACACACACACAACACACACACACACCUAGUGCUCUACCUGUGCCAGCAUUGAUUCACCCCAAAACAAUUGCGCGUUUAAUUUGUUUCAGCGCACAAAACGAUUGAUUUUAUUAAAAAAACUAGCCAUAAGCCAAUAGACACUAUAGUAGCCUUAAUAAUCCUAAAAACGUCUGGUCUAGUAUAAACGAUUUGAGGUGAAGUGAAGCAGCCCGAACUCUUUGUUUCUACGCGCAUUGGUUUUCGCACUAGAGGCGCAGAUUGCUUUGUUCCUUGGGACAGGGGGAUAACAGUGCAAUUCAUCAUUGUUAUUAAUACGUCAGUGUUUAAGGGAAAUUAUUUGUUGCUGGGGGGGCUUUUUUUUCCAUGACAACUGGGGAAAGGUGAGCAGAGAGAACGAGGAACUAUCGUGCGUUAAGGAGCGAGUGCGUGAGUGCUUUGUUUUGGCCGAGCAGCUGAUCGACACAUCUGAUCGGGCAUUGGGUUUUUUCCUUUGUUCCUGCGGUGAGAGGACUCGAGGACUUUUCAAGGGACUCGUCACCACAGCUGAAUGCUAUUUGUCAACAGUAAAGAUCCUAGUGGAUCGGAUUUUUUAUUAAUACUGGAUCAAUUGAGUUAUACUACAUGAACGGCGGGGGGGAGUGCUGGUGGUAGAUGAAGUGCUGGGCAACGGGGGCCGUCCUCGCGAGCUGUGGGAAACGUGGGGUACGGCCCCAAUCGAGCUGACUACCGUCUCAUUUUGUCGCUUUGAGGGCUGCUAAGGAAAUUCGAGGGCUCAGGAUCCAGUGGAUACAAAAUGCUGUACAUAUUUCAUGUUGACACUGGGGCUACUUUGACUUUUGACAUCAAGCUUGCUCUGCAGAGUGUUGCGGAGUUGAAGGAGGCUAUUGAACGAGAAUGCGGAGUACUUGCUGUCCACCAAGUGCUCUUGAUGAGCGGUGGGGAAAGUUUGGAGCCUAAUGCACGGGUUUGCUCCUAUUCAGCGGGCACUGAUACAAAUCCCAUUUAUCUGUUCAGCAAAGCUGCUAUCGAGAGUCAAGUACCACCUGUACCUCAUACUGAUUAUAGCACUGAUGUUGACCUCGUGGAGCAGAUCACCGGAUCUCUGGCGAUGCCAGCUACGUAUAGCACCCUUGUGGCAAGGGCACAACUGGCCCAGCAGUGCUGUGCCAUCGCCAGAGAGCAGACGAGAACGUGCGAACGACUGGUGCAUGAUCAACAUCUUCAGCAGCAGGGCUGGGCUGCUGUCGUUGCCAAUUUGGAGGAUAUUACACAGAUGUUUCAAUCGAAGGCUGAUUUACUCCAGCAGAGCUUCACACAUUAUCUGACAGAACGAGAGCAACACAUGCAAUUGUUGAACAACUUCAAUACAGACCUGGGAACUCUCUCGAAGAUUCCAAUUUUGCCGGCACUUCGUGCCCAGGCAGAGGGUCUCUUGAGCCCAGAGGAGCAGCCGUCAGAUCACCAGGACCAUCCAGACCACCCAGACGAGGUCCUGAGUCUCCUUCGUUGGAUCUCCGCUAAAGACAAUCAGAGUAGUCUCGAGCAAGUGGCUGAGCAGUGCUCCCGAGGUCUCGAGCAAUUUGACCAACGAAUGAUGGAGGCACUGAAGAACGAGGUGGACGCUGCCAUUGUUGGAUCUAACCGUCCCGAGAUGAAGGAGAUCAAAGGUCUGGGGGAGAGGCUCUUCGCCCUCGAGCAGUUGUUGAAUCAGACAAAAAGACUUGUUCAGGAGCAGGGGGAAUUGGCCCAGGGAUUCCUUCAGAAUCAGACACGUGCGAAUAAUCUUGGUGAUCCCAGUGUUCUUCCUGAUUUGUGCGCCUCUCACAGGCGUCAGCUGAUGGUUAUGAUGGAGAAUCACUCACAGCUGAGGGACAUCAGACGUCGGUGCACACGAGCCAAAGAGGAACUCUCUGUCAACAUCUAUCACAGACUCAAGUGGAUCACUUAUGUCGAAAACAAGAUGAUGGAGGUGGAUGGAAAACUCGUCAUGUAUCAUGAAAAUCUUAAACGUUUGAGACGUCAUCUAGAGGUCCUUCAGCAAAUUCAUUUGGCUCCACACAUGUACGUCACUGCUGUCUCUGAGGUCGUCAGGAGGCGAACAUUCUCCCAGGCCUUUCUCGUUUGGGCAAGCAAUCUUGCUUGUCAACUACUCGGGGUUCACAGUGAAGAGAUUGAAAGACGAAGGGAGUUUCAGAGCAAGUUCGAGGGACAUUUCUUGAAUACAUUGUUUCCAGGGCUUGAGGAUACACCACCACCUUUUGCCACUCAAGCACCUACGGUUUUUGAUAGUCAACUGCCUAAGUUGACUGCUCAAGACAUGGAGUCCCUGAAGAUUCAACUUCCUGAUCUUGCUGACUCGGUUUCCACACCUGAUUUGAAUAGUAUUACCCAGUUCUUCUUGUCGAAGAGCUUCAAUGAGGGAAGUGGAGAAGAGGGAAACAAGGAUAAGGCAGAGAGCACAUCAAUGCCGGUGGAUAUCGUUACCAAGGGAGAGCAGGGAGAGACGAUUCCUAUGACCACUGACAGAGUUGGUUUCGAGUCGGAGACUGACACUGAGGAGUUCGAGAAAAUAGUUCAGGGAAAUGAUGGCAAGCCCACAUGCUACGAGACCAAGGACAAACUGAGAAAACAAUUGGAGGAGAAUCUCGGAAAUACAAGAGCCGAAGUUGAACGCCUGCGAACGAUCCUUCGAACAGUGAAGACAGCCAUGAGCGACGCGAUGACAGCAUUUCGAGAGGAAUUGGCAAUCCUCAGGGAUAAAGUUAAUGAUGAUAAAUGUGGAAUUCACGAGGUGACAGAGCGCAUUGGCCAGGCAUUGGCAGUUCACUCACGAGAGUGUGAAAGAGCAUUGCGGGAACGUGCACAGGAAUUGACAGUCGAUCAUGAGUUGGAGUUGACGGAUGCCAAGAAGAUAUUGGAGGCUCGUGAUGAGGAGAUUAUCAAUCUGAAACGUUCCAUUAUGGAUAAGGAUGCUGAGCUGACUGAGCACGAGCGUUUGAUUACGACAAUGCGACAGAAAUUGGAUAGUGAGCAGGAAGAAAUGAGGAAUAUUCAGUUGAGGUUCCAGGGACAGUUGGAAGAUGCCAUGGAACAGGCAAGAAUUGACAAGGAGAAUUCACUGGAGCAGAGUAAUGAAGCACAUCUCGUGGAGAUAGCCUCAUUGACCAAUGCUCUGGAGCAGUGCAGGCAGAAUGUCAAGGAACUGGAGGAUAGUCUCGCUAAUGCCAGGUCCGAUCAGCAGAAAUUGCUCAAGGAGGCGAGUGAUAAGCUACAGAUGGAGUAUAAAACUCAAUUGGAGACUAUAAGGAGUCGAUUUAAACUGAUGGCUGCGUCGACGGUUAUGGAGAGGAGCCCCAGUGACUCGAGUCUUGAGAAGAUCGAGAGGACUGAUGUCAUUGAAUUUGUUAAUCAUGAGGCUAUAUUGGCGCAGACUAAGGAGGAUCUCAUUGCAGAGAAGGCUGAUGCUGUUAGGAAGGCCAUUGAAAAGGAGACGGUUGACUUUGAGGCCAAAUUGCAAUUUGGCUUGAGGAUGGCUGAGAAAAAAAUGGGGGAGGAGGCUGAGGCUCAUAGGAUGAGGGAGACUGCCUUGGUUGAGGAAUGCCAGAAGUAUCAGGAGAUCAUUAGACGGCUUACUGAGGAUGAUUCUCGAGUGCGACAGACACUGUCCGAGAAGGUGGAAAAAUUAGAAGAAGAAAAACAUCGUUUGGAGAAGAAAAUGGCAACAGAGCGAAAGAUCCUCAAGCAACGAGAGUCUCAACUCCACGAAUUGCAAGCAGAGAGAAACGAACUUCGCCAAGAGUUGACUGAGGGACGAAUAAAAAUGUCGCAGAGUGGUGCAACGAUGUUGGAUGACACAUUUAAAUCCCUCAUGUCGACGAGCAAAGACGAUAUUCAAGUGUCAGAAUCGAAAAAAGUCCGACUCGAGGCGAACACUGCUGAAUGUCUUACGAGACGUGUAGAAUGCCUUGAAAUCGAUAACAAGAGACUGGCUGCCACUUUGCAAGUGGUUCAGGAGUCGAACGAGUCGAUGGAGGCCAAAGUCGAGAGUCUAGAGGCUGACAAAGUGCGACUGGAGGUUGAACUGGUCAAGGAGCGCUCCAGGCGAGGCUUUGUCACCGAUAUUUCGGCCUCAAUGGACGCACGUGACAAGGAGAUGAAUACUUCAGUGGCUGUUGUGUCCGAGUCUGGGAGUGCUGAUGCUGCUACUGCGGCUGCUGCGGCGGCUGCUGCUGCUGCUGCUGCUGCUGCUGCUGGCUCUUGUGAUCAUCAAAAUAGACAGGAUGCAACUUUUCGCUAUCGAGAAAAACUCAUCAAGAGCACCACCAAUCUUUUUCAACAAUCAUGCAUCAGUCUCAAUAGCUGCAACCCUGGGGAUUCAGUAAUUGUUCUGUGGGAUACGGUUCACAGCAAUUAUAUAAUUCUGCAGGAGUCGAGGACUAUGUAUUUUUUGCACUCUGAGUGCAUUGAUACACUUGAAUUGAGACGGGAGAGCGAUGGAUUGCCCAAGCAGAUUUAUGUUCUUGGCGAGGUCAUUGAUAAACAGUAUUGUCACGCCAAAAAGUCGGAAAAUCGUUACCACGUUCCUCAAGGCACGAAAUUCUACCGAGUCCGUGUGAAGCCAGUUCAGCGAGAAUUGGAUCUAACAACCUCAUCCUCCGACAAGAGUCAACAGUGAGUCAAACUCCAAAAAUCGAUAAAAUCACAAUUUCUCAAUCAAAAAUCCUUCUCCAAAAUCACAAUUACAGAAAACAAAAUACAAAAAGCGCUGUGAUUGCGAACUCGUGUCGUGUAGUCCUCCAAAAAUUGCUGAUUCCAAUAAAAAAUAAAAUUCGAGGUUGAUCGGGUUUUGCGACAAGACGAGUCCGUCGAUGUCUACACGAUCCUUCGCGGAAUAAUUUGUACAAGUUGAUUUAAUUAUAAAUAAAUAAACAAAAAACGGAGGGAUGCGGUGGCGUUUUAUUGUGAUAUAGAUGGAGUGUUGUUGGAUAGUUAUGGACUGCAUAAUGAAUUUUUAAAGCAAAACGAAAUAAAAUACGACUACUUAAAUUUUUGUUAAGAGGAGUUUUACAAAAACAAAUUGAAGAAUAAUGACAACAGUCAGAAAAACGACGAGAAAAACUAAUGUUUUUUUAAUAAAAAAUUAUUUCAUACGUGAGCUGAGCUAGAUAUUGACUAUUCAGAAUAGCAUAUAUAAUAGACGUGUGUAAUUUUACGGUUGUACAAUAUCCAACGUAUGAGCAAUUAGAAUAGAUCUCACAAAUAAAAAUGAUAAAGGAAAAAAAGCAAUCAACACUAAUCUAUUUCAAAUUUCAAACAUUGAAUCAUGAAUCACAUUUAAUAGUUGUAAAAGAAUAUACAGAAACAAUCACACAUCGUUCUAAGGACCAUUUGAAUAUAGUAUACAUACACAGAUAGAGUUUUUUGUUUUCGUGAAAUAACAAAUCGUAUAUAAAAUAGCUGUGAUCGUUACAACUUUAACAACCUUUUUCACCCUCUUAUCGUAGUUUUUGAAUUUAAAAUGUGGGGAUGAUUCACAACAGAGUGGUGGAAUGUCUUCCAUGCAUUUCGCCGAGUUCAUUACAAAAUUCUGGCUAUUAGAAUUGAGAAAUUUUCAGCCAGAUUUACAGUUCAACCUAUCGAUUGUAAAUUCCUUCUCCUGAAUCGUCCCUUUUAUUUUUUCCUUCAAUUGAGUUAUGGGGAACAUUUUUAGGUUGAUAACUAACACACUUAAUGAGGAGCGGUGAAUAUUCAGGAGUAGAAUGUUUUCAAUGCCAGAUUAACUAGCAUCUGGCAAGUAAUAUCGUCUCGCACUCAGAAUUAAAAAUAUUCUCCUCGUUUCUCUCAGAACGGAUUAAUCAGGUCCCAUCGUCCUUGAAUAUUAGGUUAUUGUAAUUGUUUUCUAGAUUAGAAUGACGAGAAAAUGAAAAGUUUUGAAAAAAUGAGAUGACACGGAUUAAACGCCUAGUGCUUUGCUAUUUCACUUUUAUUUUAGUUGUUUUUAAUGAAUCGACAUGAUGACGGAAUAUUCCACGCAUAAAACGCUAAUCAAAGUUUAUAAAUUUUUUACACAGAGAUAUGAAAUUCCUGGCGUCAUUCGGUACAUUAAAAAUUUUCCUUUUCUGGGAGUCAUCUGAUGUACGUGUGUGUGUGUGUGUGGGUGUGUGUGUGAUCCUGUCAACUCCUCUGGGAGGAACUAUUUACUUUUGGUACCUGAUGUUAAUUACGCGUUAUCCAUCACAAAUUUAAUUAUUCUGGAUUUUUGGUUCAUUAUAUUUAUUUAUUUUUUUCAUAUGCACCCAUCCAAGUGUGAGGGCUUUCAGAUUCGGAAUAUCAAACAAACGUGCCUGAAGAGUGUUUAUUAUAACCGUGAUAUCACAAUGUAGGUGAAAAUAUUGAAAUAUGAAAGUUUCGCAUGCUAAAGUAAUUCCUUCAGUAGAUUAAUAGUAAUUACCCUCCGAAUGUCUCACCUUUGAAUAAUAGUCAUUAUCACGUGGGUUGCUGCGUUAUACACUUCUCAUUUCUCAACCAAAAACAAAUGUAAAAUGAAAAAAAAAAUGACGAAAAAGAUGAUCUUUAAAAAUUGUAGGCUAAUUAUUAUGAGUUUUCUUUUUAUUUUCUUUUUUAGCAUAGAGUAUAGAGGUCUGUUUAUGCGUUAUUUUUUCACUUGAAACGUAAUUUCGUAGGUUUUAUCUCAUUAUUUUUUCCCCAUGCUGAGUAACUUUUGUACCAUAUAUGCAAUUUUCAUUUUGUGACGUUAAGGAUACGAUUAACGAAGUGUAUUUGAUAUUUCAGCGGUGAAAUAAUUAUCGCUGUGAGCUUAAUGUUUUUUUUUUGUUCAUCUGGAAACAUAACGGACUAUUGCGUUCGGAAUGUCGAAGAGUGAUUGAGAGCUGUGGUUAGUUAUGUUAAGAAUGGCAAUCGAAAUAAAAUUUGAUAUUUGUAUGGAAUUAUGGAGAUUUAAUUUUAUUCUGUCGAAAUUUUUCGACAAUUAGAGAGACGAUUGAGUGAGGAGCUCACGACUCAUGUUGUCCUUCAUUUAUACGGAGUAUAAAUAUUGAUAUAAUAAUACAAGUGAGGUAAUUUCGUACUUUUAGGUACGUACCAGCAGACUCCCCAUUGCGGCUUCGUAUAUACUUUUGCGAAAUAAUUAUAAUGAAAAAGAGAACAAUGUGAACGUGAUAGUAUCUGUUACGCAAUAAACGAACGAAAUAAUAAUCAUCAAUAUGAAUAAAAGCCAUUUGACUUUUUAACCGA